AAGGUGCGUAUAUAUGUAUACGUUUAUGUAAAGUCUUCACAUGGAAUUUAGCAAUGCAGGAAUGUGCAUUUAAUCGUAGUGUCUGAAGUUAAAUUAUUGGAGAAAUCUCAACUGAGGUGCAUGCACAUAUUUUGCGAGGAAAUUUAAGAAUGGACGCAAAAGAGCCAGAUAAAGAUGCACCUCCCCCGCCUCCCCCAUAUGAAGAAGUGUGUACAAUGCCGGGGCAUCAGUCUCUUUCUCCAACGCAACCAUAUGAUAUGAAUUCCUUUGCCUCCCCUAGUGACGUCAUUAUUAGUCCCCAUUGUUACGCUCCACCCUCUUCCUUGAUGCACGGAGCUUACCAGCACCCGCAGCCUUUCAUUCAUGAUUAUAAUUUUCGAGAUCAAAGGUCACAAAACCUUGGAAUCACCCCACAUGAUGUGACAGUUCUUGCCCGGAUGAGAAAUCGACCAGUGGCUUUAUUUGCUGCCCGAGUUCCUAUGGAUGACCAGAGGAGAAGGAUAUACAUCAAAAUUUUUACUUUAGUGAUAUUGGUCAUCGUAAUUAUCAUCGUCGUUGGCAUCACACAGUGGUUCCGAUAAACAUCUUCAAUAAUUCUUUUAAAAGAAAUAUAUUUUUUAUGUACACGACAAUACCAAGCCCCCAAAAGCAUGAAAAGCAGCCAUUUGCGAUCUGCUAGACAUUUCAGAUUUCCCGAAUGGUUAAGAAAACAAUAGUCAUUCCAUCAAAUCCGAUAACAACACACACUAUGACAUCAUAAGAGCCUUUCAAACCGACAAGCCUUUGUUGAUUAUAAAAAAAACCGUCAUACCUGAAAAAAACAAUCGUGCUUUCCAAAUUACCUUGUAUCGGGGAUUGUGAAUUCCAGUUUAUACCCGAGUUUGCGGAAAACGCAGUCCGCAGCACGACCGUAUAGUUGUAAACAGUCACCAUAUAACGCUAAGCCUAUACUGCUCACCUCUUACAAGUAGCUACUUACCCAUCUCUUGAUUGUCAAGAUGUCAACUGACCUAAUGCUCAACUCUCCAUUUGAUUUUGCAUCGAUUGUACAAAAUCAGGAGACGAGAGGUUCACCCAAAGAGUACGAUUUACCUUUGUAUGACCUCCUUCAAAUCAACGAUCUUCUAUCCAUUUAAUUUUAAUUAACAUAGCAUCAUAACUUUUUAUAUGAUAGAGAAAAGAUAUGAUUAAUGCAAUACUUUUGUACAUACAUAUUACUUUUUAUUAUUUACAUUAUUUUUAAUUUAAAUAUUCGUUUUGUUACAAUAAAACUGGAUUUUAU